GCCAUCGUAUCCGCGCGGCGAAACUCAUCAUGCUCCAUCGGCUUGACGGUCCGUAAAUUCAUGGACAUACUCCGCGCAUCAAGGCACACAUCUGGGGUGUGGAGCAUUAGCUUGUAGGUCGCCGAGAUGCUCAAGACAGAACAGGCGCAGUCUAAGUAUUUGUAUCGCCAUGCUUCGCUUGCCCUUUUCGAGGUAUAUCCUGCUUUCACUCUUCAUUCACUUUCCCAGUCUACAUCCACCAUCCUCUUACUUCUAUCAUGGGCAUCUCCACUGCACAAAGCACCCGUGAGAAUGGACUUCCUCAACACACUGCGACCAAGCAGCAGCAACAACAACCACAGCAGCUCGACAUUGAGCAACUACUGACGCAGCUCACCCUGGAGGAGAAGGUCUCUCUCACAGCAGGCAAGGACUUCUGGCACACGGUCCCCGUCCCUCGCCUGAACAUCCCCUCGAUCCGACUCUCCGACGGCCCCAAUGGCGUACGCGGCACUCGCUUCUUCGACGCCGUCCCUUCAACAUGCCUCCCUUGCGGCACUGGACUCGGCGCAACCUUCGACAAGGACCUUUUGAAAAGAGUUGGAGGGCUGCUGGCAGAUGAGUGCAGAGCCAAGGGUGCACACAUGCUUCUCGGUCCCACAAUCAACAUCCCACGAGCCCCGCUUGGUGGCCGUGGCUUCGAGUCGUACUCGGAAGAUCCGUACCUUGCUGGCAUCCUCGCCGGAUACUACUGCCAGGGCGUCCAAGACAAGGGCAUCGUCGCUUGCCCGAAGCAUUUCGCAUGCAACGACCAAGAAGACCAGCGCAUGGCCUUCAACGCCAUCGUCACGGAGCGAGCCUUGAGAGAAAUCUACCUCGCUCCCUUCCAGAUCGCUCUCAAGCACUGUCAAGCAGGCGCAAUCAUGACGGCGUACAACAAGAUCAACGGCACCCACGCUGCCGAGAACGAGCACAUCCUCAAGGACAUCCUCCGAGGCGAAUGGAAGUGGGACGGCUUGAUCACCAGCGACUGGUUCGGCACAUACAGCACUACUGGCGCCAUCAAAGCUGGCCUUGACCUCGAGAUGCCUGGUCCGUCGCGCUGGCGCGGCGAUGCUCUGAUGCAUGCCGUCACUGCCAACAAGGUCAAGAAGAGCGAGCUCAACGACCGUGUGCGUGCUGUCCUCAGACUCGUCAACUCGGGCCUACGGACUGGCAUCCCCGAGAACGCCCCCGAACUUGAGCUGGAUCGUCCUGAAGAUAGAACACUUGCCCGUCAGGUCGCAGCUCAGUCACAAGUCCUGCUGAAGAAUGAGGGAAACAUUCUGCCCUUUGACAAGGACAAGCGCAUCGCUGUCAUUGGCCCCAACUCCAAGAUUGCUACCAUCUCUGGUGGCGGAAGUGCAUCCUUGACACCCUACUACACAGUCACACCCUUCGAAGGAGUCUCGGCAAAGGCUUCCGCCGGUGUUGAAUGGGCCCAAGGUGUCUACAGCCACCAGAUGUUGCCGACUAUCGGUAGCCAUCUUCAAACCCACGACGGCAGAGAAGGCUUCACGAUCAAGCUAUACAACGACCCCCCAGAAGCAUCGCAUCGUGAACUGCUCGAGGAACGCACGUUGACCGACUCAAACGUUCUCUUCGCCGGUUUCGACCGUCAAGACCUUGCACACAUCUGGCACGUCGAUGCUGAAGGUAUCUUCACAGCACCCGAGAGCGGCCUGUACGACUUUGGACUCUGCGUCUAUGGUACCGCGCGCUUGUACAUCGAUGACGAACUCAUCGUCGACAACGUGGAGGACCAGCGCUCCGGACCCAGCUUUAUCGGCUGCGGCACAGUCGAAGAAACAGGCACAAAAGAGUUGGUCGCUGGUCAACAUUACAAGAUCUUCCUCCGAUGGGCAAGCGCCAAUUCCAGCACAAGAGUCAAACCUGAUGGAGUUGUUCUUUUCGGUCAUGGUGGCUUCCGUAUCGCUGGUUGCAAGCGUCUGGACUUCGACGUCUCAAUCAUGGAAGCUGCAGAUCUCGCUCGCUCAGUCGAUCAAGUCGUUCUGUUCACUGGUCUGAGCGGUGAGUGGGAAAGCGAAGGUCAAGAUCGUCCACACAUGAACCUCCCACCUAGCAACGACGACUUGAUCUCCGCUGUUCUCGAUGCAAACCCCAACACAGUCAUUGUUGUGCAAAGCGGUACUCCUGUCGCCAUGCCUUGGGCCGACAAGGCAAAAGCAAUUGUCCAAGCUUGGUUUGGAGGUAACGAGACUGGCAACGGUAUCGCAGAUGUGCUUUACGGUGAUGUCAAUCCCAGCGGAAAGCUCCCCCUGACCAUGCCUCGUCGUAUCCAAGACAACCCUGCCUACUCCAACUACAGAUGUGAAGGUGGUCGUACUCUUUACGGUGAAGACAUCUACGUUGGCUAUCGCUGGUACGAAAACAUCGAGACAGCUCCUCUUUUCCCCUUCGGACAUGGCUUGUCCUACACUACCUUUGAGAUGACCAAUCUUGAGCUCCGUCAAGGUGGUUCAAAUAAUCUGACCGUCAUUUGCCAAGUCGAGAACAACGGCGGAAGAGCUGGAGCACAGGUCGUCCAGGUGUAUGUCGCAGCACCCAAGUCGCAAUAUGUCGGUCGACCCGUCAAAGAGCUCAAGGGGUUUACCAAGGUCUUCCUCGAAGCUGGUGAGACAGACAAGGUGGAGAUCGACUUGGACUUGGUGCAAGCGACAAGCUACUGGGAUGAAAUUGAGGAUAAGUGGUGCAGCGAGGCCGGCACAUACAAGAUCAUGGUUGGCGACAGCAGUGCGGCUACCAAUUUCUUGACGAAAGAGGCCACUGUCGAGAAGACGACAUGGUGGUCGGGCUUGUAGAAUAAUUCCCAAUACUCAAUCUUCAUUGAAACGUGCCCUGCAAAGCGUCUUCUGUCUUGACUUGCAGUGCCCAAGCGAAAGUCGAGUGAUGCAAGAAAAUCUUGAUUUCCCUGUACCACCCGCAACUCCUUGCAGAUGAGCAGAGCAAAUGCUCGACCAGAGAGCUGAACCUCUUCAGAAGAUUAAGAAGACACAAUGCUUGAAGAACAGGGC